AUUCAGAGCGUCCUCGGCGCUUCUAAGCCUUUUACGCGUGGGAUGAUGUGAGUGUAUCCCCUUCCCUCCCUCGGUCAGUGACACGCUAUCAGGAAGACGUAAUCGGCCGACGGAGAAUCCGGACAGGCGUUUUAGUAACAUCAGCAUCAGUAUUGGCGACGAGUCAUGAACAUGAUGCACGACGAUCUUGCGUUCGACGACUUUGUCUUCUCCGCCACGCAUGAAGGACGGAGUGACGCGGAGGAAAUUCGUAUCACUUUGUAUCUCGGGAUGGUGGUAAUAAUCUCAUGGAUAAUGGGAGGAGCGAAAUUCUCAGUUGUAUGGGCGAUUCUCAUCCUGGCAUUGGCAAUGAAGACAAUUAAGGAGAAAGUGUCGUGGUACCUCGAGAGAAAAUUGCAGCACGAACGAAUUCUGUUACGCAGGAGACAAGCCUUGGAAAAAGGCGAGACCGCCGAAUGGAUUAGUCUGCUUCUCAGCAAGUGGUGGAGAUUUAGCGCCUCCGGCGUAUUUAAGUUAGCCAAAGAAUAUCUCGAAAUUGUUUUUGACGAGCUCAAACCCAGCAUAUUAGGCCCGGUGGAGGUACGUCAAUUUACUCUCGGUAAGCAGACACCGUGCAUCACGCGGGUGCAAGUGCUCGAUCGCUGUAGCAACGACGAUUUUCUCAUUCGAGACUACAACAACCAAGCUAAACUGUCUAUCGCAGCGGACAUACAGCUGGACUGCGAGGAAUUUCUUCUACUUGUUACCACGCGCUUUGGAAAGGGCGUGGGUAUGGACAUCGAUCUGGCUGUGGAGAAUCUGAUGCUGUCGGGCACCAUCGUUAUCAAUGUGAUACUAAACGAACUAGCACCAUUUCCGCAUGUAACCGAUCUUAGCAUGACUUUCUUGGAGAAACCGAACAUCUGGUUCGAUGUGAAGAUCCUAGGUGCCGUGCAGGUGAUGGAAAUGCCGCUGAUCAAAACUUGGAUUCACACGGUAGUGACAGACGCUCUGAGUAGCUGGCUGGUCGAUUCGGGUCAGCUAGAGAUGAAUCUGAGAACGCGAGAACGACCGGGUCCGAAACUGGAGCUUGUAACCAAUCCCACGCCGCAAGGAGUGCUCACCGUUGCUUUCAAUCCGAUCGGUUGUUUUGUCACAGAUGAAAAGAGAUGGCUUGUAGUAACGGUGGGCGAUCAAAAGCAUAUUAUCUCGAAUUUAAAUUCCGCGUGGACCGAAGACUUGUCUUUUUUGGUCGGGGCGUUGGAUAAUGAAAAGAUUGUUGUCAAGUUGAAAACGAAAUGGCUUCUCAGUACUGUCACUUUGGCGCAGUUUGAGUUGGCAUUGGGAAUUUUCGAUUGGGAGAACUCGCAUAUUGUCAAAACGACAUUGCAACAGACAAAAUUGUCCCGGAGCAGCGCCAACUUUCCAAAUAUCAGCGCGAAAUUAGAAUACACUGGUCUUCCUCUCUUAGAUCCUGAUCUACCGCUACCCGAAACAACCGAUAAUUCACAUCUCGCAGGAGUAUUGAUGGUUUAUAUUCAUUCUGCGAACAAUCUUAGCAGCGACAGCGCUCAUUGCAAUCCUUACUGCAUAUUGUUCAACAAUCAGAAGAAAAUAAAAACAACACAUUACGUUCGUUCGACAACUUCCCCAGUUUGGGACUGCAAGAUGGAAUUUCUGGUUCAAAAUUACACCGAAGUGUCGCUAAGUUUCGUCAUUUUUUCGUGGAACGUAGCAAAUUCAGUAGAUACAAAUACCCUGGGAUUGGCUACGUUGUCUUUGUCUCAGGACAUGACUUGUAUCGUCAAAAAGGAACUCACGCUCAACUCCACUCUCUCUUCCAUCUUGACGGUUUCUGUAUUAUUUUAUCCCGUCAAAAGUGUACAACAAACGUUUGGAAAUCCCAGAAGCAGUGUAACACCAACUACAGAUGACGAGUCGAAAAUGAAGUGGAACAUUCCGUCGGAAAUACACGAAGCUAAGUUGUUAUUACCAUCAAAGACCGCCGAUCCGUCGUCCGAUAUAUCCAGUCUGCUAUCCACCGAAAGUAGUCUGAUGGAAGUAACGUUGUUGUGCGCAAAAGAUCUUCAUGGUUCCAGGUCGUUCGCUCGCAACAACACCUUCAUCAAUUUUUUCUACGAACUGAAAGUGAACAACGAGACAAAAUACAAGAGCAACAUGAAGAAGAAAACGCUAAUACCUUGCUGGAACGAAAGUUCUAUAAUGGGCUUGCCGAAGACCGGAGAAACUUUAGAUAUCGUAUUAUGGGAUCAUGAUACUUUCGUAAAAGAAUAUCUCGGGAAAGUGUCAUUGACUCUCGACGAUAUCAGAAGGUUGUCGAACAGCGAUCACUCCCACUGGUUUCAGCUCAAGGAAACCAAGAUGGGAUCUGUGGAGCUAAAAAUUAAAAUCUUGUCGGAAGAAUGCGAGACCCAAAGUACAUGUGCGACCAGCAUUGUCAGUGACAAUUCUUCUCAUUUGAACACAGAGCCCGACUCCGAAUCGAGCAUCGUGCGAAGAAUGGAGAAAUCCAUGUUAAAUAUGCAUCUAAAUCCAGUUAUACCACCACCGCCUCCGCCACGCACAAUUACCCUCUUAAAGCCAACUACGUCUAAUCAGUCCGAUAAAGCUAACAUCAACAAGGAGUCGAACGAAGUGAACGGAACGUCCAAGUAUUGGAUUCCGGAAAUCAUCAACGAAUCUGUUGUGGAUAAUUCUGUCGACGAGUCCGACACUGCCAUAAUAAUAGCAGACAGGCAAUCCUCUCAUCAUAGUCUAACUCUCAGUCCCGACCAAAGUUUCGGCAAGAAGGUACCGCAGUACAGCAGUUUUCGCAUAAUGAAGCAAAAGGUGAAGAAGGGCUUGGGACUUCGCAGAUUCCGUUCGGAAGUGACUAUAGAGAAUAAGAACGACAGCAAGGAUAUGACAUUGAGUCUGGAACCUAGAGGAGGCGGCGAGGCUGAUGCGACAGAACUAUUGUCGGAAGCUGGCCUGGCUCAUGCGGUAUCCCAACCAGACAUGUUGGACAAGAUAAAGCACUCCAGUCCGCGUAGGAUAUUAAAACCAAACGAUUUAAAGAUCGUCAAUGGUACUAAAGAGAAAUAUUCCGGAGUUGAAGGGAAGGUAAUUCAGGCACAGGGUCUUCACGUGGCGCAUAUUGCUCAAUUGUAUUGUCAAGUAAAACUUCAAACGUGCAGCAGUCCGAGUAAGAUCAAAGCGUCACCGAGUAGCGUUAAAACCAUCGCAAAAUCACGUCUCUUGCCAGCUAUGCCCAAUCCUCAGUUCGGCAUAAACUUUCGUAUAGACUGCAACAGUGUGCCGAGACAGGCGUUUCUCAUAUUUGACAUCAAGAGCGCCAGCAAGGAGUUGCUGGCCAGUCGGCGUAUAACUCUCCACGAAUUGCUAGGAGUGUCUCCAGCUAGCAAUGAGAUUCACACGUGGUUGGCGCUGAACAACGGUGCCUCAUUGGAAGUACAAAUUAUUCGCGGAAAAGAAUUUAAAAAUAAAUCAGCGAAGAAGCUAUUUCGUUCUUGGUCCGUUCAUAGAAUAGGAAAAAUUUAAAAAUUAUAUGAGAUAUAUUUAUAUGUGUAAUAUUUAUUUAUAUUUCAGAGAUAUAUAACAUUUGUACAUUU